CCUAAAAAACAUUAAAAUAAAUUCUCUUUUUGUACCCAAUUUUGUUUUCACUAGAUACACGUUUUUCACCUGUUUCUAGCCAAAACGCCCAACACUGUCGACGGUUAUCGAUAAACUCUCUAUGGUGCAUCACUUGUGCAACUAAAUGAAUAUAAGCGACGCGACGUUUCACUCUUAUAAGAAUAAGAAAUCAGACGACAAUGAAGCUGCUCCAUGUGCUGUGGCUGCUGGGCAUCCUGGUCCUGGUCUCGGGCCAGCAGAAGCCGACAGCUAACUCCGCCACCAAGGACGCCCCAGUGGUGGCCAAUGCGACGAACGUCUUGCCUGCCAAAGUUAUUGCAGGAUCGAAAUUGGAAUCUGGAUCUCCGGGAGCUGCCAGCCAGCUGGUGCCGGAAAAUGCAGGCAAAGCCAAAAAUCUCACAAACACCGAUACAGGAGUGCCCACCAUUCCUUUGGUCACUUCCAAGCCGGCUGUGGAGCAAAAGGCGGCCAAGGAGGCGACCAGUACGACCUCCACUACAACUUCUUCCACCACGACCACCACCACGGCGAAGCCAGCUGCAGGAUCAGCCAUAGUCACCGAGGGCCAGUCCAUGAAGGAUGUCACCAAGCCGAACAACUCGUCCACCAACGGCGGGGCAAUAUCCCCGACCAACAGCACCCACACCGCCACAGCCACCACCAAAGCUGUCAAUGCAACCAUCAUCGCAACCACGCCAAAGCCGAUGAAGCCCCCGCUAGUCUUCAGCACCGAUAUACACCAGGAGGGGGAGGAUAUGGUGGAGCUGGAGAAGGGUCAGGAUAAGCCAGGUACAAAGGGCGCUCCCACCCAGCCAUUGGCCACGCCCCCAGAGCCAUUGGUGCAGGGGCUUACUGGAAGUAAUCUGGCCGAUCACGGGGAGAACGGGUAUGUGGUACCCAUUGUUACCGUGCUGCUGACCGUUCCACUGGCCAUCGGCGUGGUGACCAUCAUGUACCGCCGCUUCCGCGACAUGUGGAGCACCAGGCACUACCGUCGCAUGGACUUCCUGGUGGACGGCAUGUACAACGACUGACGAAGGCGCGGACGACAGGCUGGCGGCAAGGGCGGCCACUUCUCCGGGUGCUCCAACGCCUCCUCCGGCGCACUCGGAUGAUUAUUAGUUGUUUAAGUUAUACACGACUGGACGUGCUUGCAUUCAAUGCAAGGUCUCCGGAUCGACAGCAGAGUGAGAGAAGCGGAGAGCGGAGGAGGCGGCAGGAUGACGAAACAAAACUAUGAUAUUGCUCAGUCAAUUAGAGGAGGAGGAGAAAGGGAUUCGCUUGCAGCGUGGCCCUUCCGAGCGGCCAAAUUGAAUUUAAAACCAACUGAUUUUCAACACUAAAUUCGAGUGGACUCUUAAGUUUAAGCAUUUGGAUUAUUGUCAAGCAUUUGUUAGCAAUCAAAUUGAUACCGACACUUAUAUGUACCCUAUAUAUACAUAUAUCUACUUAGGCUGCUGUACAUCGAAGGCUGCGACCAAUCGCAUCGGACUCUCCACCAUCAACAUCAGCAUCAGCAUCAGUGCAAUUAGCAAUCACUCAUUGCAUCCACAAUCUAGCCGUAAUGUGCCUUACGAACCAGCUCUAUAUACACCUUUACACAUGAUAUUCUCCAUCGCCGAGGCUUCGAGGUGAUUUAUUCGCAUUUACUUUACGCAACCAAGCAGCAGCACUCACUCAAAAAAAUCAGCAGAAACCAAAAACACAAGCAAUCGGCCUGAAACAAGCAAAUUUAUUGCAUACCCUGUGUAUAUACAUAAAUAUGAAUAUAUAUAUAUAUAUACAUAUUUCUUAUUGUUAUCAAUAUAACAACUACAAUAAAGCAACACGGCUAAACAAUGA